AUGGCGACCCAAUCAAGCAUUCUCUGGCCGGAGCACCUAUUGCCAGGAUAUACGGACAACUUCGUUUCCAAUGAAGUCAUCGCGGUUAACCUGACCACGCAACAAAUCUGGGAACUCCUUGCCGACAUCUCAAGGUGGAAUUCAUACUACAAGAAUUGCGCGCAGAUCACUGAGCCCGAUGCUGGUUCCUAUCUGAAAGAAGGCAGCGUCUUCAAGUUCAGCACGUUCGGCUUCCCACCACUCACCUGCACAGUCAUGGAAUCGGUCGUACCGAAGCAGGGUACUGCCGGAAGACUCGCAUGGCACAGCACUACCGAUGACGGCCUCGAAGUAUACCACGCUUGGAUCGUUGAGGAACUUGAGAAGGACAGAGUUAGGAUUUUGACGCAAGAGGUGCAGAAUGGGCCGGUCUUCAAGGAAUGGGCGAGGGAAGCACCAAACAAGAUGCUUUUGGGUCAUCAAGACUGGUUGGACGGGCUUGUUCAGGCUGCCCGGGGUCAGGAAGUGCGAAGGACUAACCUGGAGAGCGUGAACUUUCCUGUACGGCAACUAGACUCGAAGAAAGUGGAAUAG